GGAGUCGCAGGUUGCCGUCAUGGCGGGGGCCGGAGCCGGAGCGAGCGCCCAGGAGAAGCGGGCCACGGCGGCGCGCCUGAAAGCGGCCCUCAGCGCUGCUGAGGAAAGCGAGGCUGCCGGGGAGCUGCAGGCGCUCCUGGAGCGGGUGUUGUGCCCGGCGGCAAGCGGCGGCGAGGCGGUGUCCGAGGCGCUGGCAUGGUGCCGUUGCCUGCUGGCGGGCGGCGAGCCUUGGGACGGCUUCGUGCAGGCGGUGAGGGCCUACGACCCGGCCACACUCUGCGGCCUGGUGUGGACGGCCAACUUCGUGGCCUACCGCUGCCGGACUUGCGGCAUCUCGCCUUGCAUGAGCCUCUGCGCCGAGUGCUUUCACCAAGGCGAGCACGCCGGACACGACUACAACAUGUUCCGCAGCCAGGCGGGGGGCGCUUGUGACUGCGGCGAUGGCAACGUCAUGCGGGAGGCCGGGUUUUGCAAAAGGCAUCGGAUAAAAUCAAGCUCAGAAGUUCCAUCUGUUCCAAGAGAUCUGCUGAUAAUGUCAGAACUAGUUCUUCCACAAUUCAUCUUCUCUCUUAUUCAGUACUUAAGGGAAGGUUAUAACGAGCCAGUCCUUGAUCUACCAUCAGAAAAAGACCUUCAAAAAGUCCUUCAGAUAUUGGAACCUCACAUUUCAUUCUUGGAAGAUCUGACAAAAAUGGGAGGAGCAAUGCGUUCAGUCCUUACUCAGGUUUUGACAAAUCAGCAAUUCUAUACAGAUCUUAGCUCUGGUGGCGGAGAAAAUGCAUGUGCGAAGAAAAGUCAUGAAAAAUACCUUGUAGCUCUGAAAGGUUCUGGACUGACAUUUCCUGAAGACAAGCUUGCAUGUGGAGCGCAGGAACAAGCAGCUGGGACCAGCACUUCAGCAAUUCAAGGUCUUACAGGUGCUACACCAACUUCAGGGCAAGGUGACUCUUCAGAUGAGGAGGACCAGGAUGGUAGCCAAGGUGUGGGAAAGCGCAAGAGGGUGAAAUUAAGCAGCAGCACCAAAGAUCAAUCUAUCAUGGAUAUUUUGAAGCAUAAAUGUUUUCUAGAAGAAUUAUUAUUUUGGACCAUAAAAUACGAAUUUCCCCAGAAAAUGGUAACUUUCUUACUCAACAUGCUUCCAGAUCAAGAUUAUAAGAUUGCGUUUACUAAAACGUUUGUGCAGCAUUAUGCAUUUAUUAUGAAAACACUGAAGAAAAGCCAUGAAUCUGAUACCAUGUCUAACAGAAUUGUACACAUCAGCGUCCAGCUGUUCAGCAAUGAAGAGUUAGCACGUCAAGUGACAGAAGAAUGCCAGUUGCUUGAUAUUAUGGUUACUGUCCUGCUGUAUAUGAUGGAGAGUUGCCUUAUUAAAAGUGAACUACAAGAUGAGGAAAACAGUUUACAUGUGGUAGUGAACUGUGGGGAAGCACUACUUAAGAACAAUACUUACUGGCCACUUGUCAGUGACUUUAUUAAUAUCCUUUCACACCAGAGUGUGGCGAAGAAAUUCUUGGAGGACCACAGGCUAUUAGUAACGUGGAUGAACUUUGUAUCAUUUUUUCAAGGUAUGAAUUUAAACAAGAGAGAACUUAAUGAGCAUGUUGAGUUUGAAUCCCAGACUUACUAUGCUGCUUUUGCUGCUGAGCUUGAGGCCUGUGCCCAGCCAAUGUGGGGACUGCUCUCACACUGCAAAGUCAGGGAGACACAAGAGUACACACGAAAUGUUGUCAGAUACUGCCUAGAAGCACUUCAGGAUUGGUUUGAUGCGAUCAACUUUGUGGAUGAGCCUUCUCCUAAUCAGGUCACUUUUCAUCUGCCACUGCAUCGUUACUAUGCUAUGUUUCUGAGUAAGGCUGUUAAAUGCCAAGAACUGGAUCUGGAUUCCCUUCUUCCUGACCAGGAGAUGUUGAUGAAGCUAAUGAUUCACCCACUUCAGAUUCAGGCAAGCCUCUCUGAAAUCCAUAGUAAUAUGUGGGUAAGGAACGGCCUGCAGAUUAAAGGACAAGCCAUGACUUAUGUGCAGUCUCACUUCUGUAAUUCUAUGAUUGAUCCUGACAUUUAUCUAUUACAGGUCUGUGCUUCUAGACUUGACCCAGAUUAUUUUAUUUCUUCAGUUUUUGAAAGGUUCAAGGUGGUUGACCUCUUAACAAUGGCUUCACAACAUCAGAAUACAGUGCUGGAUUCAGAGCAUGAGAGAUCAAUGUUAGAAGGCGCUUUAACAUUUCUUGUCAUUCUUUUGAGUCUCCGUUUACACUUGGGAAUGACCGAUGAUGAGAUUCUGAGAGCAGAGAUGGUUGCUCAACUCUGCAUGAAUGACAGGACUCACAGUUCUCUAAAGGAUCACAUUCCAGAAAAUCCUAAUCCUAAAAGUGGCAUUAUUCCUGGCAGUUUAAGCUUUGAGUCAAUGUUGUCAGCUGUAGCUGAUUUUAAAGCUCCUGUAUUUGAGCCAGGGGGCUCCAUGCAGCAAGGAAUGUAUACACCUAAAGCUGAAGUCUGGGAUAAGGAGUUUGAUCCAGUCAUGGUAAUUCUUCGAACUGUUUAUCGUAGGGACGUGCAAUCUGCAAUGGACAGAUACACAGCAUUUUUAAAACAGAGUGGGAAAGUUCAUGGGAACCCCUGGCCUCCAUACAAGAAGCGAACACAUUUGCACCCAAGCUAUAAAGGACUCAUGAGGCUCUUGCACUGCAAAACUUUGCACAUUGUAUUGUUCACUCUACUCUACAAGAUAUUAAUGGAUCAUCAAAACCUGUCUGAACAUGUCCUUUGCAUGGUUUUAUAUUUGAUUGAAUUGGGACUAGAGAACUCACCUGAACAAGAAUCUGAUGAAGAAGAUUCAAUGGGAGGACAAGAACGCUGCCAUGAUAGUUGGUUUCCAGGGAAUAACUUGGUGUCUAAUAUGCGUCACUUCAUCAACUACGUGCGCGUAAGAGUACCAGAGACAGCUCCAGAGGUGAAAAGAGAACCGCCUGCAAGUACGAGUUCUGAUGGCUUAGCAGCUUCUCAGAAUCCAAGGCGGUCUAAAGGACUUCAGAGAGAGAAUUCAGGGACGGCACAAGUGUUCAGUUUGGUUGCAGAACGUAGAAAGAAAUUUCAGGAAAUCAUUAAUCGUAAUACUACUGAAGCAAGUCAGGCAGUUCGACCCAAGACUUCGAUGAAAUGGUCUGCUCCGGGUGCAACUCCCCAGCUAACAACAGCCAUCUUGGAAAUCAAGGAAAGCAUAUUAUCUUUGCUAGUUAAGCUUCAUCAUAAACUGUCAGGAAAGCAAAACUCUUACUAUCCUCCCUGGCUGGAUGACAUGGAAACUCUAAUUCAACACGAAAACCCUAAGUAUUUUCAUGGGGAUGGCAUGACAGCUGUAGAAAGGAUUUUAUUGAAAGCAGCUCUUCAAAGCAGACUGAACAAACGUAUCAUUGAGGAAAUAUGUAGAAAAGUGACUCCACCUGUACCACCAAAAAAGAUUAGUCCAGCAGAGAAGAAAACUUUGGACAAAGAAGAAAGACGACAGAAGGCCAGGGAGAGGCAACAAAAGUUGCUGGCUGAAUUUGCAUCAAGGCAGAAGAGCUUUAUGGAAACUGCCAUGGAUGUUGAGUCGCCAGAUGCAGAUAUUGCUAUGGAGAUAGCAACAGCAGAACAGCAUGUUUCUGAAGCUGUAUAUGAUUGUGUUAUUUGUGGACAGAGCGGCCCUUCCACAGAAGAGCGGCCAGCAGGAUUAGUUGUGCUCUUACAGGCCUCUUCAGUUUUAGGUCAAUGCCGCAAUACUACUGAACCUACGAAGCUGCCAACGUCUGAAAAGGAGCAGAUAUAUCCUUGGGACACAUGUGCAACAGUAUAUGAAGCACGACUUGCGACUUUACAGCAGUUCUUUAAAGAUAGUUCCUGUCUGCAGUCUGUAUCAAUCGGCUGGGAAGGAGGUGUGUAUGUGCAAACUUGUGGGCAUACAUUACACAUAGAUUGUCAUAAAUCCUACAUGGAAUCACUGCGGAACGACCAGGUUCUCCAGGGCUUUUCAGUGGACAAAGGAGAAUUUACUUGUCCUCUGUGUAGGCAGUUUGCUAACAGUGUCCUUCCAUGUUAUCCUGGCAACAAUGUGGAGAGAAGCCUUUGGCAAUGUCACAGUAACAAGACUAUGCAAGAUCUCAUAAAGGAGGUGGAAGAGCUUCAAGAGCAGCUGGGAACUUUCCCAGUAAGCAUCAGUUCAGAAACCAAUUUAAGCAAAGAAAUGGAAUCUGUGAUGAAGGAUAUUAAAAGUACUACCCAGAAGAAAUACACGGACUACAGCAAGUCUCCUGGAUCACCAGAUAAUGACUUUCUGUUCAUGUAUUCCGUAGCCAGGACAAACUUGGAGCUUGAACUGGUUCAUCGGGGAGGCAACCUCUGUCUAGGAGGUGCAAGCACAGCUGGAAAGAGAUCAUGUUUACAUCAGCUGUUUCAUGUGCUGGCUAUGCACAUGCGACUCUACAGCAUUGAUUCGGCUUACAACCCGUGGAAGAAACUGACACAGUUGAUGCUUGAUGAGAAUUUGCAGAUGUGCAGUGAGGAGCAGCCAGAAGUUCCAGUGCUUUACAGAGAUGCCUCAUCCCUUUUGCUCAUCCAGAUUUUAACCAUGCCACAGCCAUUGCGCAAAGAACACUUUAUUUGUAUCAUAAAGGUGCUCUUCACAUUGUUGUAUAUACAAGCACUUGUCGCACUUUCAGUAAAAUGCAGCGCUGAAGACAGGAUGACUUGGAUGAACUCAGGAGCUCUGAAAAAGAAUGUAUCCAAUGCAAAAAAGACUUGGGAAGUAUUACAGAGCCAUGUGAUCAGUGAGCUCUCCAAAGGGAAGAUCUAUGAGCAAGAGGAAACUGAAGUUCUAGCCAUGGACAGCACUAGUGCUUGGUGCCCACACUCCAUAGAGACGUAUUUGCAGCAAUUCUGCCUGCCUUUCCUCAGGAUAACCAGCCUUCUUCAGCACCAUCUCUUCGGAGGGGAGUUACCCAGCUGUCAGGAAGAUGAAGAGUUUACUGUUCUUGCCAACUGCCUGGGCUUGUUACCAUCAUCUUUUCAAUCAUCACAGUUUGCCAGUGCCUCUUGUCUUGAUUGGCCAGUGCCAGCCUUUGAUAUUAUAUCCCAAUGGUGCUCAGAAUUGGUUUCAUUUGCAGACAAGCACCCAGCACAAGUAAAGAUUUUACUUGUACAGGAACCUAAAUGGGACUUACCACGCCUCCUACAAUUGCCUGAAAAUUAUAAUACUAUUUUCCAGUACUAUCACAGAAAGAGUUGCUCAGUCUGCUCCAAGGUUCCUAAAGAUCCAGCUGUUUGUCUAGUUUGUGGCACUUUUGUGUGUUUGAAAGGACUUUGCUGCAAGCAACAAAGCUACUGUGAAUGUGUCUUGCACUCACAAAACUGCGGUGCUGGAACAGGCAUAUUCCUUUUGAUCAAUGCAUCUGUCAUCAUCAUCAUUCGUGGUCAUCGUUUUUGCCUUUGGGGUUCUGUUUACUUGGAUGCGCAUGGUGAAGAAGACAGAGAUCUCAGGCGGGGCAAACCUCUCUAUAUAUGUAAAGAAAGAUACAGAGUGCUUGAGCAGCAGUGGGUAUCGCAUACCUUUGAUCACAUCAAUAAACGAUGGGGGCCACAUUAUAAUGGUUUGUAGAUCACUACCCAUCAUUUGCGCCAUCACAUCGCCUUUAUUAUGAAUGCUACAUGAUUGGCUUCAGCUUUAAGGGAAUGGAAAUUCAGUUUCUUCACUGGGAAAGCGUGAAGCACCGCCGUUGUAUGCAGCCCUACAUUAGUUAGGUGCUGGCCGUAAGAGGUUUCGUAAUUAAAAAUACAAAGCAAUUAGUCCUUCUAAUUUGAGUGCAGAAUCUAAAUUCAUUUGAUAGUUGUUGGCUUUCUAAUCUACUAAUAAAAAAGCACAAAUUGUACUUUAAAAAUGCCACUAAAUGGCUAUUAAGUGUUUUAUUUUUCCCUGAUUUGGGAUUGUUUAUGCUGAAGAACUGUAUAUGUGUAGUACACCUGCUAAACAUACUGCUUUUUUCCUUUGCCUUCCUUUGUGUUGCUUUAAGAUUUUGCUUUAUGGAUCUGUAAGUAUACAAGAGUUGUGACACUUUCGAUUUGUGAGAUUGUAUAGAAAUGGUCUAAAGAAUUUUUAGAGAAUAUUUCGCUUAUUGCCAGAGAGCUAUUGAAAUAGUUUCAGGCAUUGCUGAAAACCUUAUUCAUUCUCAGGAAUUUCAUAGAUAUACUCCAGAGAUUAGUAAAAUAGCUGUAAAAUAGGUAGCUUGCUGCUCUUAAUGUAAUACAAUACAUAUACAGUAUUCUGUCUGACAUUUCAGUUAGCUUUAUUUACUAGUACAUACUAGCACAUCCAUUUUAUUGUCUGUGUAUAUACGACAAUUGUAAAACGACCAGAAUGGCAGAUCAGAAUCCCAACUAAGCCUGCCAUGUCUCUUGUUUCCACCUAGCUAACUCAGUGUGGUGGCGAUGGGGGAGACAUGUUGCAUACCCUGCAAAUGAAGCAUAAUUCGGGAGUUUUCCAAUGAGUUCAAGCAGCUCCUUUCUAUUGUAUUUAUAGAGCAAUCACUGCCCUUUUUGCUUGAAUUCCUUUAUAGGGGGAUGGGGGAGUGAAAUUGUGAGGUGGCAGUGGGUGAAUUACUUCUUUCCCCCAUGUCCAUCUCACUUGAAAAAUGCCCUGUUAACAGUCCACAUGGAGCAACCAAGGCUGCACAACACAGAGCCCCCCUUUUUUUAUACACCGAAUUUCUGCUGAUGAGUUGCUUGGGAAGGAAAGGGGGGAGCAGCACGUGGACUGAGUCAAGCCCCCAUUUCCCCUUCUCAAGCAGCUGACUGUCUUACUUGACUGCUGGAUGACGGAGGGGAACUGUGUACUCUGCAGUCUCCUUGCACCUAUUUGCCCCCUGCAAGCUAGGGCUGGGCAUGCGGAGCCCAGCUUCCCACCCACGUCAUGGCGCCUGGUAAGAGCAGGGCAACUGUGUUUAGAGGGCUUUGAAAUCCGCAAGAAUGGCCUUCACUGAGGAAAGCAGCACACCUCACCAGGCAAAGAAGAUGAGACAUCCAUACCGAUAACGUUGCUGCCAAACCCUUUUUCUUCCUUUUCACAGAGUAAUCAAACAUCUGUUGACUCUUUCAAGCAGUGCUGUCAGGCACUUCUGAUACUGACAUACUUUGACUUACAUCGCUUAUUCUGUAAAGAAAAGUUUAUACGUGUAAACUAAUUUUUUAAAAGUUGUAGUCAUAAAACCAUGCAUUUGAUUUGAAAUGUCUGAUAAGAAAUCAGCUGCUGAAAAUCACAUAGGGAAUGAUAUGAAAAGUAGGAAUUUUCACAUAAAGAGCCUCAUAGCCUACAAGGUUUUUACAAAAAUAUAAAGUAAAAUACGUGGCAAUGGUUUCCUGUUUUAUAUAACAUUGUGUGCAAAUGCGCCCAUACAUUUGGAUUCUUCCUAUGAGCCUACAGUUCCUUCACCAACUGAAACAUUGACUUUUCCAAAACAUUGCUACAUUUUUAAUAUUGUAUCAAAUGUUUAGUCUAUAAUAUUUUUUGCAUUGCUCACUUCUGAGUACCAGGCCAUUUUGUAAGCACAGUGGAUGAGCAGAAAUACUCUUGACAUCUACCAACAUAACACUCUUGAAUUUGACUGCUCUGUGUAGUUUGAAACUUCACAAGCUUAUGAUGUCUCAAAAAAUUGAAUAAAACGUGUUAUUUAAAAUGGAAUGUUUUUUGGUUGUGUAUAUGGGUGUGAAGUAAAAUUAUUAGCCUUAACUUUAAAAUCUUUGUAGUUCAUUGUGUUCAUUUUGAUGCUGGUGAAUUAGUCACUGGUCAGUUUUUUUAAAAAGGCACUUGUUUGGAAAUCCUACUUGAAAUACACUUGCAUGCUGCUGACCUAGAAGUUUGAUUAAUCCCAUAAGUUUUUGAAAAUCUGCUUUAUUAAGCUUACUUUGAAAAAUAACAGGUCCAAACGAGAAUGGGGUGUGUGUGCGUGUGUGCUGCUGCUGCUGCUGCUAUUCCUCCAAUGUACUGGUGUGGUAUCUUGUAUGAAUGAUCAUUUAAGUACAGUACAUUACUGUAGAAACAGAAUCAAUCUGACACAUCAAAAUGCAAAACUAGAAAUACCGUAAUCAACAUUGUAAAAUAUGUUAAUAAAAGUCUACUGUCAUUA